AUGCUUGAACAUGAAGGAGAGGGUCCGGUUCAGCUGCAAAGUCGCGAGGCGCGCCGGGAUGCGGGGAAGUCAGUGGCACCUGGCGGACGCCCAAUGCCAUUAAAACACCGGCCAUCAAAGCCCACCUGUACUGCUCCCAGCAAUGUCUCCUUGCGCUCAGGGAUGGUAGCCCUCUUGAUUCAUUGUGCCCCAAUUACCAGGAUCACCAGAAGUCCCGGAUCCAGAUACAUGGCUUCUGUGCUCGUAUCCGGAAGCAGCUUGCCAUGGAUCGUGGCCCGGACGCCUACUGCCGUCCUCAAGGCAGGUAGCUGUGGUGCACUGUUCAAAGUCCGGCUCUCAUCGCAUGGAUACACUGUAGUCGCCAAGGGUGUGGAAUACAAGCAUGUGCAUAAGCUCGAACAUGAAAAGCGAACAGGGCAUAUAUUAAUGGAUACAGGAGGCCUCGACUGCGUUGGCAGCGGCAAGGAGAAUGUUGAACCAUCGCCGCCACGGUCCAUUUCCGGUGCACUGCCAAAUAACAUCUCCGAGGAUGGACCCUCGAAGGAAACCCAUGCGAGAGUCGGCGACUCUUUCGCACCCCACCUUGAGCCAGACACAAGCGGCCCCCAUAUCCUGCUACAUCGUGAGGCUAUGGAAGGGCAUCUUGAAUUUCUCCUGUGGGCACCCAUAUGGCAGUCGGAGGAUGACAUUGCGAAGGUCCAUCCGGAUCAGCUCAAGUGA